CGCCCGGGCUGCGCGCUUCCCGCCUCGGCGUCUGCCCGCGGCCAUGGCGGCGGCGGCGGAGGGAGCCGGGCCGGGGGGCGGCGGCGGAGCGGGGGCGGCGGAGGAGCCCGUGGUGUCCCUGGCGGAGGUGCUGGCGGAGAACGAGGAACUGGAGAAGGAGGCGCGGGCCGUGCUGGGCGGCAGCGACCACGAGCGGUGCAGCUACUCCCAGGGCGCGGUGAAGCGCCAGGCGCUGUACGCCUGCAGCACCUGCACGCCGCCCGGCGCCGAGCCCGCCGGCAUCUGCCUGGCGUGCAGCUACGAGUGCCACGGCUCCCACCGCCUCCUCGAGCUCUACACCAAGAGGAACUUCCGCUGCGACUGUGGAAACAGCAAGUUCAAAAACCUACAGUGCAAGUUGCUCCCGGAAAAGGGCAAGGUGAAUUCAGGAAAUAAGUACAAUGACAAUUUCUACGGCUUGUACUGUACUUGUAAAAGACCUUACCCUGAUCCUGAAGAUGAGAUCCCAGAUGAAAUGAUCCAGUGCAUAGUUUGUGAAGACUGGUUCCACGGAAGGCAUCUUGGUGCAGUGCCCCCUGACAGCGGAGACUUCCAUGAAAUGGUGUGUCAAGCCUGCAUGAACCGCUGCCAGUUCCUGUGGGCCUACGCUUCGCAGUUCGCAGUUCCUGCUUUGACCAAAGCAAACUCUCUUGAAGAUGAAGGGAUUGUCCUGAAUGUGGAGGAAAGUGAAGAGCAGAAGAAAGAAAUAAAAAAAGAAAGUAGACCAGAACACCAAGAAAUAAAGGAGGAAAAGCAAACGGAACAGAUGAAUGAGCCAUCUACCAGCUCUGGGUCUGCUUGUCCGGAGGUAGUUGUUAAGAGCGAAGAAUCAGGCUGCAAGCUGAAAGAACUCCAAAGCAAGCAGGUUGUAAAAAAAGAUACUGCCACCUUUUGGCCAUCCAACUGGAGAAGCAAAUUAUGCACUUGUGAAGACUGUUUGAAAAUGUAUUCAGAGCUCGAAGUCCAGUUCCUGACAGAUGAAUGUGACACAGUCUUGGCUUAUGAAAACAAAGGCACCAGCGACCAAGAAACAGACAGAAGAGACCCUUUAAUGGACACUCUCAACAGCAUGAACAGAGUCCAGCAAGUAGAACUCAUCUGUGAAUACAAUGACCUAAAGACAGAACUGACUGACUAUCUCAGGAGAUUUGCAGAUGAGGGAACGGUUGUUAGAAGAGAAGACAUUCAGCACUUCUUUGAAGAAUUUCAGUCCCGGAAAAGACGACGGACUGAUAGGAUGCAGUACUACUGUAGUUAGAGGGUUUGAGGCUGGAAGGACAACUGGGAAAACAACAUCUGUGACAGAAAUGACACUUUUAGUACGCGGCUUCUCAUCAAAAUCCAGCUAUUCAAGAAACUGCCUCCACCUUCAUUCUGUCUCAUUUCCUUUACUUGUAGCGCAUAACGUGUUCUUAACAGGUACACUGCAUUUAUAUGGAUUUCAUCACCAAUGUUCUUUGAAAGCUGGCCUCAUCUCAAGGAGGAGGACUGCUUGUUGAAAGAACAUUGUGCCACUGUUCAUUCCCUUUCUCCUUUGACCUAGUUUACUUUUAGCGCCAAUAGCUCUACAGCAUCCUAAAACAUAGAUACAGUUCCGUAUCAUCUCUUCUGGUUGUGGUGAUUCUAGCAGAUGCCCCCUGUGCAAAAUAACCUUCUGUUUACUACACACGGGGAGGCACGUCUCCUUAUAAAGUAAAGCAGGCACAAGUUACAGUUGGUUUUAAUCAUGGUUGGUGAAGCUGCAUUCUAGUACUUGGUUCAUAUCAUGUGAACUAAGUAGCACUGUACUUCGCAUGCUAACUCUGCUGUGGACGUACUCCCUAAGCAGGUGAAAAAAAUGAGGAAUCAUGGGUUAGUCUUGAUGCAGCAGAAGGUUGCAUCCAUUUUUAUAAACUCAAAAACUUGUUUCUAAUAUUGCACAGUGAUGUUUUACAUGCAACAAUUUGUCACAUGGAUUUUACCUGCUUGCUAAAACAUGAACUAUUGAGGAAGAGGUACUAAACGACAAACUAAUCAGUGGGGGGGGUUGUUAGAGCACUUCUAACAAGCUUUGAUUUUAAGUACUCUGCCGCUUUAAAUUGUUCCUGGAGACACUGCGGCAUCCUGGUGUUUUGUACAGUAUAAGGGGGGAUGAUCUUUUUGUAAUCACUGUGAUAAUCAAGGAACAGGAGAUGUUUCACUGACUUUUAAAUAAUCUAGUUAACUGCAAUUAAGUUUUGAUUUUUCAUAAGUUAUCUUGAGCCUAACGUAGGGCUUCUUUGUUUUGUUUUCUGUACUCACAAAACCAAAAUCCUGCUUCAGGAAAGCUCUCAUUUUUAACUCUUGCUUUCUAUGGUUGGAGGACUUGUUUGGGGUACUAUUCUCCUUCCUCAUUAAUGAGACUUUUUAGAAGAAAACCAAACAUUUAUCAUUUUCCCUGUUGUUUUUGACCAUUUCAUUUACAUAAGCUAGUUCUAACAAAGGCUCAGUUAAUGAGUUUGUUUCACGCAAAAUGAUAGUUGCUUUUAAAUUUAACUCUGAGUAUUGUAUGUGCUUUUUUGUAGCAACUGUUACAGGACUUGUAACUGCAUAUCUAAUUAAAGUAUGUAAAAAUUAAGUAACCA